UGAUACUGUCUGAUCGACCUGGGGGUGCCGUGGUGCUUCUGCUUGUGGAGUAACCUUGUCGGAUAUUUGUUAUUAUAUUAAUUAAAUCCACUUGUCAUGGCCCUUCCGUAUAACUUAAAAGAUCCCGAGGAGGUAAAGGAGUAUUUGAAAAACCUGUACAUUGAAUACAAAUUUGGUUGUUACAGCGAGAAGAAGCCUGACGUUUGUCAUCUGUUGGGCGAUUACGAGGAGAGUAUCAAAUUGAAUAACGAAGAGGCUGCCAAAAUAUACAAGAUGACCUGCGAUACAAUGAAUUAUGGUAGAAGUUGUACGAAGUAUGGUGAUUUCAGCAUGGUCGGUAGAGGAUGCGAACAAAAUUCUAUGAACGCGUACAAAUACAUGAAGAAAGGUUGCGAACUCAAUGAUGCGAAGGGUUGUUUUCACGCAGGUGCUAUCGCAGUAACGACAGAAGACUUUGAGGAAGACAGAUCCAAGCAAAUCGCAGAUGGAAUUAAAAUGCUUCACAGAGCGUGUGAAAAUAAUGAGGAGAAGGCUUGCUUCCAUUUGAUGGGCAUUUAUAUAUCGGGCAUUACAGGAUAUGUUGAGAAAGAUUUUACGAAAUCCUAUAGAUAUGGUACGAAGUGUUGUGACUUUGGAAAUCCCUAUGCUUGUGCGAACUUGUCCUUAAUGCACAAAAAUGGCGACGGCGUGGAGAAGAACGAAGAGAUAUCAGCCGCUUUUAAAGAUCGAGCCAUGAAGCUGAUGCAGGAAUUGCAGACAAGCAAGAAGCAAUUGAACUUUCACCAGGGCAUUGGUAUGUAAGUGUAAUAAUUAGUUAUUACACACUGUUGGACAUUGUAAAUAAAUAUUACUGUAGGUGUUUACGUACUAGAUGCUGUUUUAAGACCUCAAAUAUAAUAUUUAUUGAUCGAGAAGUUAAA